AUGUCUUCUCGUUCCACAUCUAUUCCUCAUCGCACUUCAGUCUCCUCAACUACAUCGACACAGCACCCCCAGUCCCAGUCGCAGUCCCAGGCUCCGACUCAGCAAAGAUCUCGCCCGCAGCCUCAGAGGCUUACUGCGCAACAACUUGCUGAGCGGGUCAUCUCGCCAGCCUCACUGCUGUUCCCUGGAGGUACCCCGCCUUUCAGAAGAGAAAGUCAACAAGAGCGAACAUUGCACACGGACAUGGAUCGGAGGCAUCCCAGUUCGUUCCAGCAGCUGGAGAAGCUGGGUGAGGGGACCUACGCCACCGUCUACAAGGGCCGGAACCGACAGACGGGCGAACUCGUGGCUCUGAAAGAAAUUCACCUCGACUCCGAAGAAGGCACGCCGUCGACGGCGAUUCGAGAAAUAAGUUUGAUGAAGGAGCUCAAACAUGAAAACAUUGUCACAUUACACGAUGUCAUCCACACCGAGAACAAGCUCAUGCUGGUCUUCGAAUAUAUGGACAAGGACUUGAAAAAGUAUAUGGACGCGCGGGGGGAUAGGGGCCAACUCGAUCAUGUCACCAUCAAGAGAUUUAUGCAAGAUCUGCUCCGAGGGACAGCAUUCUGUCACGAGAAUCGAGUCCUACAUCGCGACCUGAAGCCGCAAAAUCUGUUGAUCAAUACCAAAGGGCAACUGAAGCUGGCAGAUUUCGGCCUGGCAAGAGCGUUUGGCAUUCCCGUCAAUACCUUUUCUAACGAGGUGGUCACACUGUGGUACAGAGCGCCAGAUGUGCUUCUGGGGUCCAGGACAUACAACACAAGCAUCGAUAUUUGGUCAGCGGGCUGCAUCAUGGCAGAGAUGUAUACCGGCCGGCCCUUGUUUCCCGGGACGACCAACGAGGACCAGUUACAAAAGAUUUUCAGACUGAUGGGUACGCCAUCGGAGCGGACAUGGCCUGGCAUCUCUCAGUUGCCCGAGUACAAGAGCAACUUUCCAUCUUAUGCUACGCAGUCGUUGGCGAUUCUCUUGCCGCAGAUCGAUCAGUUGGGACUCGAUCUGCUUGGCAAGUUGUUGCAACUGAGACCAGAGAACAGAAUCAGUGCACAGGAUGCUCUGAGACACCCGUGGUUCUCGGAUCUGCCAAACUACGCUGGACAUGGGAGAGCUCAUGUUAGCUCGACGAUGCAGCAACCGGGACAGUUAGGGCAUCAGGGCGGAGUCGGAGGAGCGUACGGCGCACAACCUGGGUUGGAAGAUGAUAAGCCCUUCCCAGUCAAGCUCUCUGACGAGAGUUUCGAAACCUACAACCUCGAUCCUCCCUCUUACACGCUCGAGACGACGAAGAAAGAGUUGAAGCAGAUGUACUAUGACAUGGUGGCAAUACGUCGCAUGGAAAUGGCCGCCGAUAGAUUGUACAAGGAAAAGAAGAUCCGAGGAUUCUGCCACUUGUCAACCGGUCAAGAAGCCGUCGCUGUGGGUAUUGAACACGCCAUCACCAGAGAUGAUGCCAUUAUCACUGCCUACCGAUGCCACGGUUUCGCGCUCAUGCGUGGCGGCACUGUCAAGUCCAUCAUUGGGGAACUCCUAGGGCGACGAGAGGGUAUUGCGUACGGAAAAGGAGGCUCGAUGCACAUGUUCGCUCCAAAUUUUUAUGGCGGUAAUGGUAUUGUUGGAGCCCAAGUGCCCGUGGGCGCUGGUAUUGCUUUUGCGCACCAGUACACUGGCAGUAAGACUGCUACGGUUACUCUGUAUGGAGAUGGCGCUUCCAAUCAGGGCCAGGUGUUCGAGGCCUUCAACAUGGCCAAAUUGUGGAACCUCCCCGUCUUGUUCGGCUGCGAGAAUAACAAGUACGGUAUGGGUACUUCGGCGGCUCGAUCGUCAGCUCUUACCGAGUACUACAAGCGAGGUCAAUACAUUCCGGGUCUCAAGAUUAAUGCGAUGGACGUGCUCGCUGUCAAAGCGGCGGUCCAGUACGGCAAGGAAUACACAGCCAGCGAUAAGGGGCCCUUGGUGUUUGAAUAUGUCACAUACCGCUAUGGUGGCCACUCCAUGUCGGACCCAGGAACGACGUACCGAACCAGAGAAGAAAUUCAACGGAUGCGAUCUACCAACGAUCCCAUUGCAGGGCUCAAGCAGAAGAUUCUGGACUGGGGCGUGUGCACCGAGGAUGAGCUCAAACAGAUCGACAAGAAGGCACGAGAGGACGUGGAUGGAGAGGUGGCCGAGGCAGAGAAGAUGGCCCCUCCGGACCCGACGGAAAAGAUCCUCUUCGAGGAUAUCUACGUCCGUGGGAGCGAGCCAGCCUACAUUCGGGGCCGUACACCCGAUGAGACAUACUACUAUUGA